CGCCGGCGUCGGCGGUGGCGACGCUACGUCUGGCAGGAGACACCGAUAACGCAGAAGGACGCGGCGACAAGGUCGGCGGAGGCGGCAGUGCAGGCAGCAACCGUGGUGCGGCGAGGAGCGCCAGUGCUGAGCGUGAAGGUCCAGGGGAGGAACCUCAGCGGCGUGAGCCUACUGCGACUGAAGCCGGCGGCAGCAGUCCACUAACUGCCGCCAAAACCAGCGAGGAUGAUGACGACGCAAGCGGGGGAUGUAUCGGCAUGGGUGAAGGCGUUGGCGAUGCUGAUGUUAGCGUUAUCGACGCUGCUGCAGUGGUGAUUAGCACGAGCGGCAAUGACGGACACUUGCCACGUGGCAAUGCGGCCAGCGGCAAUAAUGUGACGAACGGCGUUAGGCUCGCGGACAGUGGCCCAGCGAUCGGUGAGAAGGACGGGACCGACAGUGGGAAGCAAGUCGAUAGUGGCGACGCGAUCGGCGGCAUUGAUGGGGGGAAGAGCGCGGCUGAUCGCAGUGGUGACAUACCUGCGCCACAGGCUGAUACUGGGAUGGAAUGCGUCGGUAACGUCGACAGCGAAACGGAGGCGCAUUGGAAGCAGCGCGCAGACACCCCCGUCGUUGUUACUGACGGUAGCACGGGUUCGGAAAAACUCGGGCAACCAGGCGAUGAUGCUGGUCGCGACGGUGGCAGUACUGACGAGUACGAAGGUUGCCGAGAAGCUGGCGGCUGUGACGGCAUUGGAGUCCAAAAUCGAGCCGAAGUCAGUGGUAAAGCUCGGGGCACGGCACUGCAACAUCCAGUGAGUGGCAGCGACCCGACUAUCGUCAAAAAUUCUGGAGGUGGCCCAACUGGU